CAUCAGGAGGCGGGGCUCAGCAUUCUGAUUUUCUCAGAGCGUUGUUGUCCAAGUCAUGGCGACUCCUGGCCCUGCGACUCCAGAGACAUCCUUUAAACCAUCGCAGCCUCCAGUCGUUGAGGGCUUUAGCCCCAGUGUCUACAGAAAUCCAGAAGGCUUCACGGAAAAGUUUCUUCGCAAGACCCGUGAGAACCCAGUGGUACCAAUAGGUUGCCUGGGCACGGCGGCCGCCCUCACCUACGGCCUCUAUUGCUUCCACCGGGGCCAAAGCCAGCGCUCCCAGCUCAUGAUGCGCAUCCGGAUUGCCUCCCAGGGCUUCACUGUAGCAGCCAUCUUGGUGGGUAUAGCUGUGUCUGCCAUGAAGUCUCGACCCUGAGCUCCGGGGAGAUCGUUCCAAGACCCAGGAGCAACCACUGACCCUGCCACGGGACUCAUUCCCUCCUCUCCCCUGACAGGGCCCUGUGUCGUUAGAGGAGUAAGUGGCCGAUUGUGUAACCGUAACCGACAGAUUUUUUUCAGAAAUCCCAGAUUCGGUUCAGUUUGAUUGCUGCAUACUUCUAUUUGUGCCACAUCCUCUUCAUUCCCUACUUAAUAAACUCUAAUUCACUUGUA